UAAAUGCAAUUAUUAGAAUGUGAUUAAGAGCAGUCAGGAAGGCAAGCAGGGGUUUUGUAUGAAUAUACAUUUGCAUAUACAACGUAUACAUAAAUAAGCUUGAAAAUUAUAAUUGGUAAUGAAAUUGAUUGCACAUUAAAGUAUGUGUAGCUUGCCCUAUAAACCAAAAUUUACUUGUUAAUUAUUUUAUUAAUGCUAACCUUAUUAAUAAUAAGCGAAGGUGUAAAUUUUACUGUACUGUCAAUUUUGUAAAUCAAGUGAGUUGCAAAUGAUUUUAUUCAUCAACCGCCAAAUUAUAUAUAUUAUUAGCAGACGGACGUAUUCUAUCUCAAAUUGUCAACGAAUUAAUACCAAGCAAUAAAACUAUAUAAUAUAAUGUAGCGACGGUAAAAAUAAUAUGUGCAACUAAAUUGCACAAUUGCAACUAAAUUGUCAAUUGCUGCACCUGUUUUGAUUAAUUUGCUAAGGAACGAGGCGUUAAAAUCAAGUGCGUAAAUACUUCACCGGGAAGCGUCACGCACACACAAUUAUUUUUAGAUGAAUCAAAUAAGUUAAAGCAAAUGUGCUUUAAAAAUUUUAAAUCUCCUAACGUCUAGAAUAUGCAAACAAAAAUUGUAAAUUAGAAUUAAAUUAAAGACUACUUUUCGGUUGUUGCCUUGUAAAUUGUUCUUUUUCUUCACAUAUAGAUUUCCACAGUGAUUUAAACCAAAAUUAUUUCGAUAUCAGUAUAGCAAAAUAAAGAAGCACUACGUUCAUUAGAUAUUUUGUACUAUUUUGCUUUUUUCGUUUUCGGUAUUUGGUAAUCUUUAAUCAUGUCCUUCUUUCACGGAGUAUACAAAAUAAAAAUGUCGCUAAAAACCAAUACCAAAUAAUAUACAAUUUAAUGCGUUAAACAUAAUUAUAACAAAUACAUGGCCAACUAGACAAGAGAAAAGAAACAGAAUUUAUUUAUUUAUAAAACAAAGUAUAAUUCAACUGGCAGCAGCACGGUUUUGAAAAAAAGAAAUAUAUAAGCAAAAGUUUAUAUCGCCUAAAAUAGUUCUCCAAAAAUGAGUUGGUUACAUCCGAGCCCUCUACGAUACAAUUUGCCACGUAGUCAACAUAGUAGCUCAUCCGGCGAUUUAUUUAGUACACCUCAUAACUCAAACGGUGGCAAUGGUGCACAUUUGGUACACUCGGUAUUAAGACAACGCCCUAUUGAUUCUGCUACCGAUUGUGAUCCUCGAGCAUGUUAUGAUAGCUUUUGUAAACACUGGCAGCAAGCUUAUGAAAUUAUCCAAAGAGCUGAAGGACCCAAUAAAUCACCUACACAUGACGAUGUUUUGGGUGUUGUGUCACAUUUGGAUUUCAUGGUAACAUUGUUACUAGUGGAAUUGCAUCAUUGUAAUAAAAUCUCAUUGCCCGAUAGUACAACAGUACCGCCCGCUCCUUGCCUGGAAUAUAUGCUCAGCGAGAAUCUACUCGACAAACUUUAUGAGUGGGGCUGUACAACGGGACGUUAUGCAAAUGCGGUACGUUUGGAGCAAUUGAAAUUAUAUGAGCUGUUAGUGAGUUAUUCUAGGCAUCAAUUAUUAUGUCAUGAACCAUUUUUAAGACCACUCUUGAAACUACUCGCAUCAAGUCAAGGUGAAAUAUUUCCACCAGAUUUGGAGAAACGUUUAGUAAUACUACUAAACCAAUUAUGUGUUGUUCUUAUGCAAAACGUGCAUUUGUUAGAUUUGUUCUUUUUUACAUCAGCCCAAGAAACCCAAAGUCCAAGCAAUUUUAUAAUAUUUUCCCUACUUAUACCCUAUGUGCAUCGUGAAGGAAGUUUGGGUCACCAGGCAAGAGAUGCUCUUCUUCUCUGUAUGGCUCUUUCUCAGAAGAACUCUAAUAUUGGCAUUUAUAUAGCACAAUAUUCGUCAAUGUCCCCCUUGCUUGUAACCGGUCUGGGUGGCUUAUAUUCACGUUUGCCCAAUUCAAUUGAAAUUAAUUCAAUUGAUUGGCAUCGCAUUACACCAGAUGAUGUGACAGAAAUUAGUGAACUAACUCUUUUUAUGAAUGCUCUUGAGUUUUGCAAUGCCGUUAUUCAGGUGGCGCACGAAAUGAUUAAAAAACAAUUACUCGAUUUUAUGUACCAAGGGUUUAUCGUUCCUGUUUUGGGACCCGCUAUUUUACAGACAAAUGUCGAUUCACAAAUCUCGGCCAUGUCUUAUUUGGAUUUAAUCGUCCGAUGUGUUACUGAGCCCGGACUUCUUAAAUUAUUUGUAAAAUUUCUCUUGGAUGGUGAAAAAUUUGACGGAGAACGGAUUUUAGAUGUUCUUGUUGACCGUCUUACGUCCAAUGAUCCCAACUUAUGCACGGUAACAAUAUCGUUGUUUGGUACACUUUUGGGACUGCAUUGUGAAGAUUUGAUGUUGGAAUUGCUUUUGAAAUAUCUAUUAUCCGGCAAACAUGUACCGAUAUCUUAUCGUCAUCAAAUUAAUAAAAUCGAUCAGUCUACAAAUGCCGCAGAAUUUUUUCUGGGCUUAACACCAGAAGUGAUGAAACGAGCUCGAGAAUUAACAAAGCACAAACAUUUAGGGGAUACAGCAAAUCAUACACAUCCUACUAUGCCUUCGCCUACUUCCACCAUGAGUAAAACCAUAGGCGCUAAUUGGAAUUACUAUGGUCUACAUACCGGUGACAGUUUAUAUGCUAAUUAUCAUGCAUACUUAUUUGAGGCACACUUUCGCAUAACCGAGUGUUUGAACGCCUGUUCCGUAUGGUGCAAUUCGUAUAGAUAUCAAAAAUGGCCCUUGAAAACUACACCAAGUAAACAAACAGUAGAUAUGGUUAAGCAGUUUCUUAAUGAAUUUGGAAAUGGUAGUUUAAACGAACAAUUAGCAGUGCAGAUGCCAACGUCCGCAUCAACUAACCAGCAGCAGGUGUUAUGUGAUGAGAAGAAACAAUUGGAUAGUUUGCAGUCUAUUGGAGAAUCAAGUGGAUAUGAAUCAUUCAAAUGGCGUCCGCCCGAAGAUGAAGGUCUAACAGAUGACAUACCGCAAUGUACUGGCUUAACCUUCAAAUUGGGUGGCCUAGAUCUGGAUGUAAAAUGUAACAAAAGUUCUAUACGAAUGGAAAGCUGGCGAAUUUCAAACAAACGCAGCGAUUUACAACUUACCGAUUUAGAUUUUUCUGAAGAUCUAUUUACUCAAGGGACGGUAUCAUUAGGUCCCUUUUUAAACGCUGUCUGGGGUAAAUUACAAACUUUUACCAGCAAUACUUUUUACGUCAAUUUGCAUUUGACUGGUCUAAUAACGUGCCUGGCUUGGUAUCCCUUACCUUUAAUACAUUCAAUUCUAUUAAGGCCAGAUAUUAUUAUUACAUCAGAUACUCCGUCAUUUCAUCAAGUUUUACGUAUACUUAAGCAGCAGAUAGAUGCUGAAUUGCCGAUUUCAGAGGAUUCUUUAGAAGUCAUAGACGUUGCUCGUUCAUACUUAAUUGACCGAGAAUUUCGCGUAAUUAAUGCCCGUAAAGCUACUGAAAGUCUCCCUGUUUCUAUGGCUAAAAAUAUGAACACUUACCCAUCCUUGUCUCAAUCUGUAUAUGCACCGAUUUCUGCUUCAUCGCCAGUACAAGUGACGCCCUCGUCAUCUUACGACCCCUUUAAACGCAACGACAACAAACGUAGAAGUAUCAGUAAAUCGAUUAGCAGCAUAUUUAAUCGCAAAUCUAACGGGUCAAUAUCAGCUUUUGGAAACUCAACGACCUCAAGUAGUACGCCUCAAAUCCUCCAGCCAACACAAUCUCUCAUGGCAGCCAAUAACGUUCUAGCGACUCAUGAAACCAGUUUAACGACGUUGCCGUCCACAUCAAUUGCUUCAGCUAUAGCGCAAAACGAACGCACAAAUGAACGCACUAGUAACGUAAGGAAUACAGCUCCAAUGAGCGCAGCAGAAAACUUGUCAUCAAUACAAUAUCAUGUACAUAAUUUGUCUUCCAUGAAUGUAUGCAAUGCAUCGGCUUUACCAUUAUCCGAUGCAAGCAACGUAAAUAGCAUGUUAUUGACUGGACAAGGUUCAGGUGGACAAGGCUCAGAGCCAGUAUCGUUGGACUCAUUAUCAUCAACUAUGGGUGGAAUUGCUACCGCUAGCGGUGGCACUGAGCGUACUAGGGAAUUGGCCCUGUGCGCCGUUUUAUUAGACGAGUGGUUAAAAGAGUUGGCCGCUAUAGCUCAAGAACAAAGUGUCGUUAUGAUUACCAGGGACUAAAUGUACAGAAACAAAUGCACAAUGUUAUUUAUAGCUUACAACAAUUGAAUAUUAGUUAUUGUGUUUAAUAUACUUUACGAAACAUUUGAAAACAAUCUCAAAAUUUGUUUAGUACUUCGGGACCGACUUUAAACAAUUAGUACUCAUAUUUAUUUAAAAAUCGAAAUAUUUUAUGUAAACUAUUAAGAUUGAAGGCACCGUAUAUUUAUGUACACAUAUAUGUAUUUUAAAUCCGAGCAAUUUUUUUGUAUAUAUGUGAGAAACACGCAUAUUCUUUU